GCUCUUCUGUUACACCAAACAUGGUUGCUUCCUUCAGCAGAUACUUCAGUUUUUGAUUGAACUGCAUUUGGAGGUUGACUCAAUCAAGAUGGACGAAGAGCCAGAGAGAACCAAGCGUUGGGAGGGAGGUUAUGAGCGAACAUGGGAGAUCUUGAAGGAGGACGAGUCUGGAUCUCUCAAAGCCACUGUAGAGGAAAUCCUUUUCCAGGCCAAAAGGAAAAGGGUGUUUGAGAGUCAUGGACAAGUUCGGCUUGGGAUGAUGCGUCACCUGUACGUGGUAAUUGACACCUCUAGAACCAUGGAAGACCAGGACCUGAAACCCAAUCGCCUCACCUCUACACUCAAGCUGGUGGAAUAUUUUGUCGAGGAAUACUUUGACCAGAACCCCAUCAGUCAGGUGGGCAUCAUCACCACAAAGAACAAGAGAGCGGAGAAGCUGACUGACCUGGCAGGGAACCCAAAGAAGCACAUUGAUGCCCUGAAGAAAGCAAAGGACUCUACGUGUGGAGGAGAACCCUCUCUAUAUAACUCCCUCAGCCUGGCCAUGCAGACUCUCAAACACAUGCCAGGCCACAGCAGCAGAGAAGUCCUCAUCAUCUUCAGUAGUCUCACCACAUGUGACCCAGCUAACAUCUACGAGCUGGUCAAGACUCUGAAGGCUCUGAAGAUCCGUGUGUCUGUGAUUGGCCUGUCAGCCGAGGUGCGUGUCUGCACCGUGCUCACCAGAGAGACCGGGGGGUCGUACCAUGUGAUCCUGGAUGAGAGCCACUUCAGGGAGCUGCUGAUGUUUCAUGUGAAGCCUCCUCCUGCUACCUCCUCCUCCGAGUGUUCCCUCAUACGCAUGGGUUUCCCCCAGCACACCAUAGCCUCUAUAUCAGACCAGGAUGCCAAGCCUUCUUUCAGCCAGGCCCAUCUGGACAGCACUAGUGGUGGUCCCGGUCUGUCUAUGGGAGGGUACUUCUGUCCACAGUGCCAGGCCAAGUACACUGACCUACCUGUCGAGUGUAAAGUCUGUGGGCUGACACUUGUCUCCGCUCCUCACCUGGCCCGCUCCUUCCACCACCUCUUCCCCCUGGAGGCCUUCCAGGAGAGUCCUCUGCUGCUGCACCACACAGAGAGGUUCUGUGAAGCCUGCCAGGGGGAGCUGAAGGACAAGAGUGUGUUUAUAUGUCCGUCGUGCAACAGUGUGUUCUGCGUGGAGUGUGACCUGUUCAUCCACGACACGCUGCACUGCUGCCCCUCUUGCAUCCACAGCCGCAGUGCCCCCUGAGAUGCUCUGGUCAAAAGUAGAGGACUAUGUAGGACUUAUGGAAAACCUCAGACAAGUGCCAAUAUACCUGCACACACUUUAAAGAUGUUUACUAAUUUGGAGGGCCUUCAGUGCUUUGGACCCUUACGGAAUUUACCUCUGGAGUUGUGUUGCUAGGAAAUUUGGAAUUGACUUUGGUCGUAUUGCUUGGAGUUGACUUUGGAGUUGUCCUGUAUCCAGGCUGACAUCUAAAGCUAGAGGACUGACUUUACCUCAAUGAUGGUUGGAUUGAGAUGGAACUGCUGAAACUCUGAGCAUCGAUAUCACCGGUUGGCUAGUGCCGGAUGGUUCUGGCAGCAGCAUAAAAUGGACCAAACCUUUUCAAUAAACUUCAGCUCUUUUGUAGA